CAGAACAUCAUCAACCACUCUUCUUGACGAGACCAUUAUUUGUACAAUAAUUGUAGGAUAUAUUGCGUGGCAUUGUAACCUGCAGCACAGAAAAUCCCGACCGGCGACCACUUGACCUGUACAGUUGAAAAGCUUCCUCCGCCAUGAUGUUUUCUCGAACAACAACCACCACCUUCUCCAAAGCCUUCAAAUCUCUUCAACAACCAACUUUCAAUCGAUCCUUCCACGCUUCUACCGCCAGAAUGACCGUCUCCGCCUACUUCGAUGUGACCUGGACUGGGCCUCUCCUCAAGGUCGACUCCACCGGCAAGGUCGUCGAGCAGGAUACUAGCAUUGCGCCACGCUCUGCCCGCAUCAACUUCGACCUCUUCGACGACGUCGUCCCAAAGACUGUCGAGAACUUCCGCGCUCUCUGCACUGGCGAGAAGGGCUUCGGCUACUCGGGCUCCAAGUUCCACCGUGUCAUCCCAGAGUUCAUGCUUCAGGGAGGUGACUUCACCCGUGGUAACGGCACUGGUGGAAAGUCCAUCUACGGCGAGAAGUUUGCCGAUGAGAACUUCAAGCUCACCCACAACAAGCCAUUCCUCCUCUCCAUGGCCAAUGCCGGCCCAAACACCAACGGCUCGCAAUUCUUCGUUACCACUGUCGUCACCAGCUGGCUCGACGGCCGCCACGUCGUCUUCGGCGAGGUCAAGCAGAGCGAUCUCGAGGGCAUCGGUGCCGUGAAGUCGAUUGAGGCUUGCGGCUCCAGCUCUGGUGCCAUCAAGUACAAGGAGGGUAUCCCAACAAUUGUUGGCGCAGGUGCCAACUAAGGCGCGAGAGCGAUGCGUGUGGACAGCGGAUAAGUCCAGACGAUGACAAGUUACAAAGGCAGUGUGGCAUGGGCUCAAACGAUUGCACUCUAUCAGUCACGGCUGGCAGACUCAAAAGCAGACUGCAUAUCAUGAAAUGAGAUUUUUCUCUCCCCGUUCAUAUUAUACGUUUUCAC